AUGAGGAGCCUAACCAGGCUAGGGCAAGAGUACCGUGAAGGGCCGGGUAGAGCCGAGGAGAGAUCACCGAGAGUGGCCGAACUGCCGCAGGCAGAGACUGGUACCAUGAGGGGCCGAGCCGCAGCCGAGCUGUGCGACGACACGAUCGUGACGCCCGCCCGCCGGCCGGGACAGCUGCCGUUCCUCUCGGUGCCCUUCAGCUGCAUCCCCGAAGGGACGCUGAUCCCGCUGAAGGAGCUCCUGAGGUCGCAUGGUACCUUCAAGGUCUGCCCAGCUACGGGGAGGGAGCCGGCGGGCACUGGGGGAUGCAACCCCGGAGGGCCGGAGCCUGAUAGGGCUUUCCAGUCCACGGCGCGGGUAGGGAGCACGAUCUGCAAGGAGCUGCUGGAUGUCAACAAGGUGCUGGACAGCCUGCUCCCCAGCCCCCAGCACUGCCUGAAGCGGCCGUCGGCUGAGCGACCUGCCAGCGAGACCCCUCUCAAAGUCUUCCAGCGGAUGAAAACCAAGGCCUUGCAGAAGCAGCAUGACCCCGGGCGGCCCACGAGAGAGGAACCAUCGAGGAGCUGCAGCACCGACUUUAUCCUGACCCCCACCCCAAAACCGGUGGAGCAGGGGAGAAUGCUAGAGAAAACGGUUAUGGCAGAGGAUCAGGAGAGAGCAGCCAAGGAGCCUGCCGAGUCUGUCCAGCCAGCAGAAGAUUUAAAUGGCUCUCUGUUUCCUGAUAAGCGACCCGUGAGAGCUCUGGCCAGAGACCCUCUUAUGUCAGAGUCCCCUCAGAAGUUCUUCCUGCGUAUCAAGAGGAAAUUGCAGCAGCAGCAGCAGGAGCCAGAUGGUUCAAACCCAAUCAAGCAGAACCUUCCUCCUUCCACCCUUACAGAGAAGCCAUCAAUGAAGGCUGUGCUGGCUGAGCAGCUGGGGAAUGAUCCUGCAGAGAGCAUGACCACUGAUAUGGAUGAUUUUGAUACACUUGUUGUGGAAUCCAUGGAUGCUGCUGCUGAAUCCUCUCAUGACACAGCUGUUGUUUCUGGCAAUAUAAUCUCUUCUCCUUUCAAAAAUGGGGAUCAGUUGGGAGAAAAGUGGCAAAACAGAGAAGCCAAACAAACUGAACUUCAUCAAGACAGAAGAGAGUUGCAGCCAAGUAACAAGGAACCUGCUCAAGGAGUAGAAAAGAUCUCAGAGGCAAACACUCCAAAGUCCAGAAAGUGCUUUUGUAGUAUCAUGCUGGCUUCUCCUGAAGUCCACAUUCCCAGGAAAAAAAAGGAGAAAGAAGAGUUUAAUGUCCCAUCAAAUAAACCUCCUACAGAUCAAGCUGCUGACAAAGCAGAGAAAGAGAAAAAUAUCUGCCUUACCAGCUGGAGAAUUAGAGUGAUGGAUGACAACUCUGCAAUCUUUGUGGAAGGAAAACAGAAAGAUAAGAAAGGUCAGCUUUGGCACAGUAGCGCAGUGAUGGAACGCAUUACAUCCAACCAAGUGAGAACCUCUUCUGGCAGUGUCUACUUGCUUCAGGGAAGGAUUGAUGUGGCCUCCAUGAGAAAAGAAGGCUUUCCCUACAAAUUCAUCAAAAGAUUCAGGUUUGGCUUUUCCACAAAUUGGAAGGAACAUGUUGAGGAGCUCCUCGAGGAAAGGAGGAGGAAAGAACGAAAGCAAACCACUGACGAGAACGAAGACACUGACCCAGCGACCGUGGACGUGUUGAACACUGGAGGAGGCACACCAAGUGAUGGAAAGAGUCCUGAUCUCAGAAAAACCACCUAUGAAGUACUGCCAAAGGUUGAUGAGAACACUUAUACAACCCCAAAACAGAAUCUGGCAGAGAGUGACUUGGGCAAGGUUUACACCCGCAGCGGUCGGCUUGUGAAGGCACCCCUGAACUUCUGGUGUGGCCAAAGGGAGUUUGUGGAUCAGAAUCUGAAUGUCUCCAUACAAGAAGGUGGAAUAGAUUAUCUGAGCAUGAUGUUCAGUACUGAAAAAUUCCAAGGAAAGACCAGUUCUCUCUCUAAAAAGAGAAAAGAAAAAGAAGUCGUGAAGGCACUGGAAGAAACACCAAAAAUCCGAAGUAAAGGGAAGAGCAAUGACAAAGGAGUGAGUUCCAGGGGAGAUCUCAAGCCCACUGGGAGCAAGAGGGCCAGGCGCUUCAUUUCAGAUGAGGAGGAGAGUGAGCAGGCAGGUUUUGUCAGUAGAAGCAAAGCCCAGCUUUCUGCUAGGCUGAACCCCUCCAGUGCCGAAGCAGUCAGCAGACAGAACAGCCAAGCCCCAGGAGUGAGGAAUAAGAAAGCAGCAGGCUGUGGAGAGCUGACUGUCAAUCAGCACAGGUAUAAGUCUUGCUUGAGGUCCAGCAAACGGCUUCAAGACCAACUGUUAAAAGAUGUAUCAUCAAGUACAGCUGCGAAAGAGGAGUCUAGUGAAGAUGUCACACUGUCCAUCAAAAGGAAGAAUAAACCUAUGUUCAAUAAAAAGACUCCAACUUUUGAACACUCCUCUCACUGUAAAGGUUCAUGGGAUGACACUAAGAAGGUGUGGAGUGAGCAGAAGACAGUGAAGCAGUCUGCUGCCACCCAUCAUGUCGCUUUGAGGCAAAGUGAGCCUGGAUCCACUGAUGGUGAUGAUUCCCUUGGAGGAAAAUCACCUUCUGCUGAGUCCUCUUCUUCCCUCCUGCCUGAGAAGGAAACAAGGGGAAGAAGAAGGUUCAACCAUCUGAGAUGUCUAGAGCCUGAAACUGGCACAGAAGAGCUUCAGGUGAAAGGGAAGAACACAAAAGUCCCUGAUAAAAACCCAACUUCUGAUGUUUCUAACCCUGCCAAGUCUUCAGCAGCCAAACCAAGAGAACCUGAGAAGAAAAAGGUGCAGCCAUCCUUGGAACUCUUUCAGAGGGUAGCCAAUGAGUGGUCUGAGAGGGAGCUACAGAAGCUGUACAGCGCUGUGGCAUCCUUUCCCAAGCACAAAAGUGGCUUCUGGCUGGAGGUGGCCAUGGCAGUGGGCUCGCGCUCAGCUGAGGAAUGCCAUCGGAAGUACCUGGAAGAGCAAGAGGCAAAAGGUUCCAAGCCCCACACCAAGAAGAGCAACACUGCAGCAAAAUCAGCAGAGAAGGGUACUGAGACCUUGCUCUUAGAUAAGAAGGAGCCUGUCAUGAUAACUGCCAAAGUGGGAACCUUUAAGAGGAAGCAGCAGAUGAGGGACUUCCUGGACCAUUUGCCAAAGGACGAUCAUGAUGAUGUUUUCACUGCCACACCCUUUCAGAACAGAAGAGUGAAGUUGCCAGUGUUGCAUGGAAGUCGAGAUGAUGAUGAUGAGGAGGUCUUUGCACUUAGGGACAACCCCAUCACACCUUCCUCAGCCAUCUUCCCUGUGGUGAAAACCCCACAGUGUGAGCACAUCAGCCCUGGCAUGCUGGCACCCAUUAACAGGAACAACUAUGACAGGCACAUCUUCAGGAUGCAGAAGCAGACACAGAACAGCAGGGGUACCUGGGACAACAUCAAGAAGAAGUCGGCUGCAGCAGUUCUGGACACACCAGCUUCCUGUAGAACCAAGUUCAGCUAUACUCAAAAGGUGAUCCCAGCUGCUGACAUGGAGAACCUCUUUGUGAUAGAGGCAGCAGCCUCCUCUGAGGAGGAGCAGGAGGAUGACUACUUUUCUCUUUGA